GUGAUGAAACUUCAACAUUAAUGUGUUUCUAUAUAUAAUGAACAUUUAUAAAAUUUAUAAAGCAAAUUUGAGUUCUUAGAAUCUCCCCCCUUCAUUUGUUUUUCUUCAAACCAUUGCGUAUCGAGUGAUUCAUAAAAAAACAGGUCUUAAACAUUUUCAUUUGGAAAUGUGAUUGCAAAGAUUUUUCUGUUUAUUAUACAAAUGAAAACAUGAAAGAGAUAGGAUGGCUCGUUUAUUUAACCAUAGUUAUUUGUGUUUGCCAAGGAAACGAUGAUAAUUAUAAACAUUAUUAUUUGGAAGACCCAAAUUUGUGUUCAGCAGCUGAGUUAAAACAAGGAAAAAUAAAAUUGGAUGAAUCGAAAUAUACAGCGGCACAACUAUUAAACAAACGCCCAAAACAUAAUUUUCAUUGUACCAUUAAAGUAAAAACGACAACUAAAGGAAAUGGAAUAAUCGCGGUAAUUCAAGAACUAGGUUUACGGCGAAAUGAGAGCUCAGGACAAUGUAUAGACUAUGUGACGUUCAUUUCGGAGAAUGGAGUUGUAAGUCGAAAAUAUUGUGGAAUGUUGAAUGCUAAAUGGAAAAUGGAUCCAAUGUUUGUCAAUGAGGAAUCAUCUGUAGAGCCUGUUGAUGAAAAUACGUUUUUGAACGAUAUAAAUGCAUAUUUGAUUGUUGAUAUUUUUAUUUCUGAAUUGGAUAUUUCUAGAGAAUUAACUCCAACUACGAUUAAUAUUGUUUUUACUUUGUAUAAAAAAUGCCAAUACAGAAUGUUUGGCCAAUAUGAACCAUGUCUUGAUGAUGGGGAUGUGUGUAUAAAACCUUGGUAUUUCAAUGACAGAAUUAUAAAUUGUCCAUAUGCAGGAUGUGUAGAUGAGGGUGGAUGUAGAAUACAGAGUACAUACAACGACAAAUUAUCAAUUGGUAGUAAAGUGAUAAUAAGCUCUAUGUCUUCCUUAGUAAUUUCUUUCGUCGUUUUCGUUAUUUGUAUUUAUUUGUGCAGAAAGUAUAAAAAACUUUGUUGGUCUGAAGAUUGGUCACAACCUCAACAGUCUUCAGAGGCUCAAACGCCAAGAGUUAUAGAAAUGAAUGAACAACCAUCUCAAUCCCAAGAACAAACUGAUGAUAGAAAUGUAGUAAAGGAUUUACCUCCAUCUUAUGAGAGUUUAUUUCCUGAUAGAUAAAUCACUUGACUUCUUACUUAUUUAUUUGUAUUUUAUUUCUUUUAUUAACAUUUGAGUACUAAAAUAUUAAUAACAAUAUUUUUGUGAUGUUUUUACAAAGAAAAAACUUAGAAUUUUGUAGAGUAUGUUAAAAAUAGGAAUAUAAAUUAUUAUUUGAAUAAUUUUUCAUUCCAAAAUUACGUAAAAGGUAUUAAAUUAAAUAGAAUUGAUUGCAAUGUGAUUGUACCGUAAAAAGAAUUUUAGACGUAGCUUUAGUAUUUUUUGGGGGAAUAUCUUUUUAUCAUUAAUUGUUAAGCUCCAAGAAUAUUCAUAAAUAUAUUUUGCUAUGUAACAGUAUUAGUAUUAAAUUUAUAUUUCCAUAAAUGCCUUUACAACAAGAAUAAUUAGGAAUAGUCCAUGUAAUUUUCGAAUAUUUUUUGUAAAUAUAUUGUAAUUGUAUAUUUUGUUGUAAAUAUAUCGUGCCAAUACGCCAAA